CUCCGGGCUGCGUUUUUCCGGCGGCGCAGAAACUUCUUGCGCGGUUGCUAUGGUUCUGAGGGCAAGACUAUGGGAGGCUGCCCUGUACGGAAAAGAAGAAAUGGCAAUAAAGAGGGCAACCAUCAUUCCCCCCAGCCCAAAAGGAGUAAGAGAAGCCCUGUCUUUCAGGAUUCUCGAGAUACAGAGUUUUCAUGCAGUGAUAAGGAAAGGAGCAGCAGCUACAUUAAUAUCCCAGAGAGAGGAAAUGGACCAGAAGGCAACUUAAACCAGAUUGUUACUGAACCCAAUACAAACAUUCCCCAGUUCUUGCACGAGGGAUGGUCUAAACCUGUUUAUGUCAUAAACCGGUUUAUGUCCUUUGGUCCUGAAAUGAAGCUCAAUAUUUCACAGCAGGGAAGGAACCAAGCUGUUUAAUUAUCUUUGCUAUGAAGGAGAAGUAUUUUCAAGGAAUAUCAGAAGAAAGUAGAACUACUCUGGAUUUUUUUUCCCAAAAUUAGGAGUUUGAAAAAAGGGAGCCAGAUUAGUUUAAGAGGUGAAAUUGGACCCUGUUAUAUUUUUUUAAAUGAGAAUAUAAAGCAAGGGCAGAAUGCCGCACCAAUACUGAGGUGGGGUGGUGGUUGGGGAAAGGAACUGCCUUUAAAUUCAAACCCACCCUUGUGUCACACUCUGUGUGAGUUAUUCAUUAACUCCUGAGGUAGGAGUGGGCUCUCCACUUCGUAGGGGAGGAGAGGUAGGCUGACAGUAAGUUAUCCCUAUGACUACAUGCGAUCCUGAGAAAACUGAGAGUGGUUAAUGAUUUGCUAAAAGGAACACAGUGGCCAAGCAGCAGUGCCAGGGCGUCUCUGCUUUUAUAGUGAAGACCAGGGCUGCCAGGCCACCUUUUUUUCUAGGGAACAAUUCCCUAUUUAUAUAACCAAAGAAACAGUAGAAUGAAACAAAGUUUAAGCUCUUCAUCAGAGUCUACAUGUUGAAUGAUUUUCUAAAUGCAUUCCUUUUUAUAUAGCAGCAUUUUCCUCAUUUUCAAAUGAAUACUCUGUAAUAUUGUCACUUAAGUCCCUACAGAGUGAGUCAGAUCUUAAAGCUGACACUGAUACCAGACUGUCUCCUCCUGGAUUUCUUGUUCCUUCUGGCUGGAGGCUGUAGUCAAAGUAUAACCUAUAUCAUCUGAAUGGAACAACUAGUUGAGUACAUGAACUGAGGCUGGGAAAAACAAAGAUUUUUUGUUUGAAAGGCAAAGAUUCUGACCAGGAAGCCAUUCAGAUCUAUUUUAUAUUUUGUUUAAACUAAGACAGUUAUCUUGAGACCAACUGUACAAAGAUGGUGUACCUAUCUAAAUCACAUGUGGGAUUCUACACUGGUGCACAUUUGACUGAUUGGUAAUUUCCAUGCAUCUUCUGACCACAAUAUUGUAAUAAUAAGUGGCAAUUUUCUGGGUACCAACAAAAGUACAAAUUCAGUUGCCAAUUAUUAAGAUAUUGAUGGAGACUAUAGGGAAAAUGAUAUUUAGGUUGAAGCACAGAAAAUACAUAGUCUUCUCCAGGGAGAAAGUCAUUCAUUCAUUCUCAUCUAAUGAAAGGGAAAAAAUUCCAACUUUUUGGUCUAUAAAAUCUAAUUAAAAUGAAUAGAAAAGAUUUUAUAUCUGUGUUAUUUCUUAGGGACCAAGUGAAAGUAAUUGUAUGGAAUUAGAGUUGCUCUUCCCUUACUACUAAAAGACUUUUUUGAAGUAGGCAAGAGUGUAACAUAAUAAAAUAAAACAAAUUGAUGAUUAACUGAUCAACAUGGAAAGUAUAAAUUUACACAUCACUCACUUUGACAAUCCCCAGACUCCAGAUUUGGUAUUCCAUUAGACUAAGGAGUAGGUCUUUAACUUCCUGUCACUUGGAUUAAGUAGGAUCAAUUUCUUCCAUGUUUCAUUGGCCCUGGUUCUUUUUUCAUAUCUUCUGUGGUUUCUCUGAGCUCCUUGAGGUGCCCCAAAUGCAUUUCUUUAGAUGAUGUAUUAGUCCGUUCUCACCCUGCUGUAAAGAAAUACCCAAGACUGGGUAAUUUAUAAAGGAAAGAGGUUUAAUUGACUCACAGCUCUGCAUGGCCAGGGAGGCCUCAGGAAACAUACAGUCAUGGAAGAAGGGAAAUGGCAGAAAGGGACUGGCAGAAGGGGAAGCAGGCACCUCCUCCACAAAGCAGCAGGAGAGAAUGUGAGCAUGUGGAGGAGGAAAUGUCAAACGCUCAUAAAACUAUCAGAUCUCAUGAGAACU